AUGCCGUCCAAUUUGCGCCGGCUAGCUGCCGAUCAUGCUGCUUUACACCGCGAUCUUCCGCCGUACUACCUGCAGCCCACUGACGGUGACGACUUGUCACAGUUGACAAUCCUCCUCACUGGCCCAGCAGGUACACCUUUUUCACAAGGAUUAUGGGAGCUCCAUCUGAAGAUGCCCGAUGAUUAUCCGAAGAGCCCCCCAAAGGCUACGUUUAAGACAAGGAUAUGGCAUCCGAACAUGGAGGAGCUCACUGGAGCUGUCUGCGUGGAUACCCUCAAGCGGGAUUGGCAGCCCAAUCUAACCCUCCGCGAUGUGCUGGUCACAAUCUCAUGUCUACUUAUCUAUCCCAACCCCGAUUCUGCUCUCAACGCUUCUGCAGGCGCUCUCAUGCAAGAGAACUAUGCCGCCUUCGCACACCAAGCCAAGCUUAUGACCUCAAUCCAUGCCCCGAUCCCAUUGAACCUUAAAGGUGCAGUGACUGAAGCAAAGCUUCGGGGCGAAGAGGCAGGGGCCACAAUUGAGGGGAAAGAAGAAGACGCAAACAUUCAACGCCCACGGAAACAAGCCCGCACCUACACCGCCACAAUGAAGAUAACUGCUCGCAACACCACUGCAUUCGAAAACUCGUCACAGUCCUCGUAUCCUUCGCAAUCCUCCUCAAAUAUUUUCGCCCAAUCCACCCCGCCCAUGACAGACGACGUGAUGAGUGACAGCGAAAACGACGACCCUGCUAGCGCAAGCAAGGAGAACAACCCAACUCUUUCCCCCUCCCCUGUCUAUCUCGCGCCCCCAAGUCCCCGUAAAACUGCCUUGGGAAAGCGCCCCCUCUCCGUCCUCUCAAUUCCCUACCCUGAAGACUACGAUACAGACAUGAUGCUCAUCGAUUCCGACAACGAGACCCCCGCCAUGACCUCCAACGAACGAAAUAUCACCGCAAACACAUGUUCUCGUACUUCAUCACCACUACGGAAAACACCCAAGCUCUCCCUACUCUGUGGGGGAGUCAACGCUUCCGGCCGUCUCCGCGAUGAGAUGCCAAUAUUUGAAGAUGUGCCCCAGCUGGCCAUGCAAGACCCCCUACGCCGGAUGAGCGGGGAUGGCAAAGAGAACCGUGGAUCUGCAACCGCGCGCGGUUUGAAGGAGAAGCGCGAAUACCACCCCAUGAAGACACUCAAUGGCUCUGCUCCACUUUCUCCAGUGCAUGCCCAACUACUCACGCCAUCACUAUCAUCAUCCUCAUCUCUUUCAGGCUCCUCCAAUUCGGGAAUCUCCAAGAAGAAAGCCAUGAGCGGCCCGCACAAACGACUUGCCGUCAGAGUAAAGCCGCGCAUUGGCAUUCGCCGGCUAUGA